CGCGUGACUUCCCCAUCACAUGACGCAUAAGACUCAAAAAGGAUGGACCUAACAAUAUAAACACAAUAAAACUAAUUAUUACGAUCGUAUUUCAGCGACGAUUUAGUAAACCGUACGUCGUUGAGGAUAGUGUGUCAUUUAUGUUGACUAGUAACAAGUUACAUUUUUAGCAACAUUGAUAACCAUGCAAAACCUGUAGAUAGUUGCUAUUGUCAAUGCUCCAUUACAAUGUUUUGUUCUUGAUAGUUUACGGGCAGUACCAGUCGGCGCAAUUGCUCUACCCAUCUGAUAAAGAUGAAUGCUUUAGUCGCCCUUUGCCACUUCUGUGAGCUCCAUGGCCCUCGGACGCUAUUCUGUACAGAGGCCGUCCACCCUCCGUCCCCAUCUCCUCCGCAGCCUGGUUCAGCCAUUCCUGGUGACAGGGACCGAGAGGGGGACAGAGAGGGCGAAGGGCUCACCAUGAGAGCCAACAGCUCUGCCACACAAAGAGCAGACAUGUGUGAAGGCUGUCGCUCCCUACCUGCAUCUCACCCAGGCUUUGUGAGUGUGGACAGUGAGACAGGAAUCCGCUAUUUGAGCCAUCAACAUCCACGCCAGCCACAGCUUUUCAGUGUGGUGAGACAAGCAUGUGUGCGCAGCCUCAGCUGCGAGGUUUGUCCUGGUCGGGAGGGGCCCAUCUUCUUUGGAGAUGAACAGCAUGGAUUCGUUUUUUCUCAUACGUUUUUCAUCAAAGACAGCCUGGCACGGGGUUUCCAGCGCUGGUACAGCAUUGUCGUGGUAGCUAUGGACAGGAUCUACCUCAUCAACUCCUGGCCUUUCCUGUUGCGCCACCUGCGGCUAACCAUUCAGAGUCUACAGAACACAGCACUCAAGGUGUUUGACAGCGAGCAGGGUGUGUGUCCUCAGAGGGCUGUGCGUAUGAACAGUGCCUUCUCUCCGGCAGUGUUCCCCCAUCAGCGCAGUGGCAAUGCAGCCCGCUCACUCACAUCUCUAACCCAGCACCAAAACCUGUGGGCUAGUCUGCACUCCUCAUUCAGCUGGUUGCUGAAAGCUUGUGGCAGUCGGUUGACUGAGAAGCUUUUAGAGGGAGCUCCCACAGAAGACACACUUGUUCUCAUUGAAAGACAAACUGAGCAAGAGGAAGAGAUGAGUGCCUGGGAUGGUGCUGAAGGAGGCGGCUCUAACUCACAGCCCAGUCAAUCAGAGAGUGUACAGGCGAAAGACUUUCAAUUUGAUGAUGGAAGACAAGAGGACCUCAUUGGGCCGAAGUUCAAAUCAUUGAGACAUUUAAGACAGGUCCUGGGUACCACAGAUUUCAGACAGCUGACAUGGCACGUUCUCAUGGGAAACCAAGUCAUAUGGAGAGGUGCAGACCCUUGUCUUAUCCAGUCAGCUUUCAAUGUGCUAAAGGCUUUGCUUCCCGUUGGCUGUGUCCGAGCAGUUCCGUACAGUCCUCACUAUGAGGAAGCAUAUCGAUGUAACUUCCUUGGCCUUAGCCCAGAUGUACCAAUCCCAGCCCAUGUCAGCUCUUCAGAGUUUUCAGUGCUGGUGGAUGUACUUAACGUUGAGCGCGGUUGUGUAAAUCCUGUUUCGGAUGAUGACAUUCUCUCACUUUACCAGUUCAACAUUAGCAGUGCCAACACGCAACCAACGGAUAAAGGUCCAACUCUGUUGAAUAAGAUUGAAGUGGCUCUUUCUAAUGAGAAUCUGUCGGUGGAGGUGGUCUCUCUCUGCCUGCUCUGUCUGAAAGAGGAGUGGAUGAACAAAGUAAAAGUGUUGUUUAAGUUCUCCAAGGUGGAUGGCAGAGGUAAAGAGGACACUCAGAAGGUUUUAACCCUGCUGGGGGCCACGGGGCCCGGAGAAGAGGACAAUGUGCGUCUUCUUAAGUUUUGGAUGACAGGACUCAGCAAGCUCUACAAGAGCCAUCUGAUGACAGCAGUCAGAGGUGGAGAGAGAACUCUGAGCCAGUGAGAAAGAGAGAGCGAGAGGAAGGGGACAAUAGACUCAUUGCUAAAGUUAGAUGAAAAGAAUGUGUGGGUGCGUUUUACGGGAAAAGGGGGUCAAGCCUGAGAAUGUGUUUUUCUGCAUGGUACAGAGAGAAAGUAAAAGCUAUCAUUGUGAUUGAAGCCUCAAAAACUUUUACUUAGACAUGUGCAUUUAAAUGGAAUGUUGUUUUACCGUCAUGACUAGACACGUCCAUUUUCUGUCUUUUUCACUAUGUCUAAAAUUGCAUAUGGUCCACUGACUUCAUGGGAACUAGGCAGAGUAUCAAUUGACAUGAUACUGUUUUGUGCCCUUUAUAAUUCACGUCAUCGUCACAUAUCUCUGUUCAUCUGACUUGUCUAAGAGAAAAUUUGUUUAAUUAGCAGUUUUAUUUAUCCUUAUUUGUUAACUUAUUUUAAAUAAAUGGAUUUUAAACUCA